UGGGCCGGGUAAGAGGUGGCAGUGUAAGGGACGUUGUAUGACUUUGUGCCUGUGUUUAGCAGGUUAGUUAGGUCGUUUAUUUGACAGGUGCUACAUUUUCAGAGCCAUGGAGGCCCUUAUCCCUGUCAUCAAUAAAUUACAAGAUGUGUUUAAUACAGUUGGCGCAGACAUUAUCCAGCUGCCGCAGAUUGCUGUUGUUGGAACGCAGAGCAGUGGGAAGAGUUCGGUGCUAGAGGCUCUGGUGGGCCGAGACCUUCUGCCCCGUGGUACUGGUGUUGUCACCCGUCGGCCCCUCAUCCUCCAGCUGGUCCACGUGGACCCAGAGGACCGCAGGAAGACCAGCGAGGAGAAUGGCGUCGAUGGAGAGGAAUGGGGCAAGUUUCUACACACCAAAAGCAAGAUCUACACAGACUUCGACGAAAUCAGGCUCGAGAUCGAAGCUGAAACCGAAAGAGUUUCUGGCAAUAACAAGGGAAUCACUGAUGAACCCAUUCACCUGAAGAUCUUCUCCCCUCACGUAGUCAACCUCACACUAGUGGAUCUGCCAGGUAUCACAAAGGUCCCAGUGGGAGACCAGCCCAAAGACAUAGAGGUGCAGAUCAAAGACUUGAUCGUGAAGCACAUCUCUAACCCCAACUCUAUCAUCCUGGCUGUGACUGCGGCCAACACAGACAUGGCCACCUCAGAGGCCCUCAAAGUUGCCCGUGAGGUCGACCCCGACGGCAGGAGGACGUUAGCGGUGGUGACCAAACUGGACCUGAUGGACGCUGGGACAGAUGCCAUGGACGUUCUGAUGGGCCGGGUCAUCCCUGUUAAACUUGGCCUCAUUGGCGUGGUCAACAGGAGUCAGUUGGACAUCAACAAUAAGAAGACAGUGGCCGACGCCAUCCGUGAUGAAUAUGCCUUCCUACAGAAGAGGUAUCCCUCCCUCGCCAACAGAAACGGAACCAAAUACCUGGCUAGAACAUUGAACAGAUUGUUGAUGCACCACAUCAGAGACUGUCUCCCGGAGCUCAAGACUCGUAUCAACGUGCUGGCGGCCCAGUACCAGUCCCUGCUGAGCAGCUACGGGGAACCUGUAGAGGACCAGAGCUCUACUCUGCUGCAGCUCAUCACGAAGUUUGCUGCAGAGUACUGCCACACCAUCGAGGGCACCGCCAAGUACAUAGAGACAACCGAGCUGUGUGGUGGAGCACGAAUCUGUUAUAUUUUCCAUGAGACUUUUGGUCGGACGCUGGAGUCUGUGGACCCACUGGGAGGUCUGACCACCAUAGACGUGCUAACGGCGAUUAGGAAUGCUACGGGCCCGCGGCCUGCCCUGUUUGUGCCCGAGGUGUCGUUUGAGCUGCUUGUGAAGAGACAGGUGAAGAGACUGGAGGAUCCCAGUCUGCGCUGUGUAGAGCUGGUCCACGAGGAGAUGCAGAGGAUCAUCCAGCACUGCUCCAACUACAGCACACAGGAGCUGUUGAGGUUUCCAAAGCUCCACGAUGCCAUAGUAGAAGUGGUCACGUCCCUCCUCAGGAAACGGUUACCGGUCACCAAUGAGAUGGUUCACAACCUGGUGGCCAUAGAGUUGGCCUAUAUUAACACCAAGCACCCUGACUUUGCUGAUGCCUGUGGCCUCAUGAACAACAACAUAGAGGAACAGAGACGCAAUAGAAUGAGAGAGCUUCCGUCCUCAGUUCCCAGGGAAAAGGCUGCAGGUGGGGGUCCUCAGGGGGACCAGGAUGGAGGGACGGGGAACUGGAGGGGCAUGCUGAAGAAGGGAGAUGAGGGGAUGGGUGGCGAUAGAUCCAUGCUCCAGACCUCCAACCCUGCCAGCCCUCAGAGGGGCCACGCUGUCAACCUGCUGGAUGUGCCUGUUCCCGUUUCCAGGAAGCUGUCUUCUCGAGAGCAGCGGGACUGUGAGGUCAUCGAGAGACUCAUCAAGUCCUACUUCCUCAUCGUCAGGAAAAACAUCCAGGACAGCGUGCCCAAGGCGGUGAUGCACUUCUUAGUGAACCAUGUGAAAGACAGCCUGCAGAGUGAGCUGGUGGGUCAGCUGUACAAGGCAGGUCUGUUAGAUGACCUGCUCACUGAGUCUGAAGACAUGGCCCAGAGACGCAAUGAGGCUGCAGACAUGCUCAAGGCCUUGCAGAAAGCCAGUCAGGUGAUUGCUGAGAUCAGAGAAACACACCUGUGGUGAGGGCCUCUACCUCCAUACGCUCUCCCUCCCACAUGGACACUAUGCCCUACACUCUUCCCCUAAGCCCUGUUCUCUCAAACCUACCUGGACUGCAGUGCAGAGAUGGCCAACUUGAAAAUGCACUGGUGUCAAUUGGUUUAAAGCGUCUCAAUUCUCCCAUCCUUCUCCUGAAGUGUGCACUUGUACACUCCCCGUCUUGGAUUUAAAGCGGUCGAUUAGUGCCAGCAUUGGCAGGAGGGACCUUCCCCCAUUUGUUAAUUCCAUGAUGGGGAGUGUAGAAGUGCACACUUCUGGAGAUGAGUGGAGAAUCGGGAGGUACGUUUUGAAUAUAGUUUUAUGAUGUAUUAUGUAGUCUUGAGCUACACGAAGGGCAGUACAUAUCUUUGCCUGCACCACAAACACACACACACACACACACACACACAGGAGCGCUCCUGUCCAAAGUAUCUUUCAUAUGUAAGUACAGUAAAUACCAUGUAAGGUGUGAGGCAUACCUAAUGAAGAAUGUUUGUCCCUAAAUGUAGAGUUAAAAUAAAGCUAGAAAUGGCAAACCUUA